AUGGCUAAGUGGAAGAGGACAGGGCUAGUACUGACCCUAACCAUAGUAGCAACAAUUGGCGGUCACUUUUGGGAGAAAUGUUUUGCAUAUGUGAUUAAGGGGAGAGAUAGCUUGCGUCUAAAGCGCUACACCAUAAGGAGACGGGAGCCAAGUACCGCCGUUCGAAUGUUAAUUGGCCAAAAUGAGAAGGAUUUGAAAAUCGUGUUAUACCCAGACCCGGUGCUUCGGAAAAAGAGUAACGAGGUGGUGAACUUUGAUGACAAUUUGAGGACCCUCGUAAGGAAUAUGUUUAACGUGAUGUAUGAAAAACCAAGUCUAAUUCGGUCCAAAUUGGUGGAGGGGUGUUUGUCAUUUCCUGGCAUUGAAGGGAAGGUAGAUCGGCCAAGUGUUGUGUCCAUCACUUAUUACGACCUGGAAGGAAAUAAACAUUUGAAAAUUUUGAAGGGGAUCCAUGCCAGGAUAUUCCAGCAUGAGUAUGACCACCUCGAUGGCGUUUUAUUCAUUGAUCGUUUUAGCCAGACCGAGAAACAUAAAGUUCGAGCCAAGUUGAACGAAAUGAUUCGUAACUUUAGAAGUAACUACGAGGUCGAGCCGGCUAUAUGA